UUUAACUAAAAAAGUUAAGAACCGGUUCUUAAAACUCUUAUUUAAGAGCCGGUUUUUAGGUUUUUUAGUUAAAAAUUAAGAGACGAAUUCUUAUAUUCUGCUAAGAACGUCACCUUAAUAACAUCCCAAUAAUUAUGCUAUAAGAACCUCCAGUAAUCAUGUUCUUAAGCUCUCUCCUUAGCCUCUGCAGUAAACAAAGGGUAAAAGCGUCAUAUCGGGACCACAUAUACGAAGAUACAAGACGCAUUGAUGCAAAAAGACUAAUUCUAAAUCUCAAGCCGGCAAGACUUUUUAUGAGUCGGGUCAUUGAUUGAUAUGGAUCAAUAAGUCAACAAGAAUGACUUGACCGAAUCGGUUUAUUAUUUUAAUGGAUACACACCAUGCAGAAUCUCUUUAUAUAAUCUCUAGAAGAUUCUAAUGUACGAGUCCUUAAAGCCAAACGAGAAAACAGUAGACCAAAGGCAUGGAGGAGAUGAUGGGAUCGUGGGACAAAAGAAGGGAAGAACAAGAAGAAGAGGAGGAACAAGUGUUAAAGCUUCCAGGGUUUAGGUUUCAUCCGACCGAUAAGGAGCUUGUAGGGUUUUAUCUCUCUAAAAAAGUACUACUCAAGAAAUCCAGCAAGAUUGAUGAGAUCAUCAGUCAAAUCGAUAUCUAUAAAUUCGAUCCAUGGGAUCUUCCUCGCUCGACGCAUACGGAGAAGGAGAGCUACUUCUUCUGCAAGAGAGGAAGGAAGUACAGAAAUAGCAUAAGACCAAACCGAGUGACUGGUUCCGGUUUCUGGAAAGCCACGGGAAUAGACAAACCUAUCUACUCCGAUGGCCCCAGCAAAGCCGUGAUCGGUCUAAAGAAGACACUGGUUUAUUACAUCGGAAGCGCCGGGAAAGGAAGCAAGACAGAUUGGAUGAUGCACGAGUUUCGCCUCCCCACAGCCAAUGACACUAUCCCUGGUGGCUCCACCCACCGUAGCCCUACUCCGUCUUCCUUGCUACAUGCUGAAGUGUGGACAUUGUGUCGGAUAUUCAAGAGGAAUGCGUCUAGUAGAAAAUACACUCCGGACUCGAAAGAAUUAGCAAGUUGGGAACGCGUGAAGCCACAACAAUCUAAUAAUCGCGAAGCAGCUUAUAUCAGUUUUGGUGACAAUGAGAGUAGUACCAACAAGAUCAACGUCAUGGAAAGCAAAGAGAAUAAUGAGAGGAACGUUUUCCAGCUUCACCAAACGCCUCAUCCACACCAGCCCAUUCCCAUGGAGUACACUAGUAGCACACAAGUGGAUAACACAGUUCCACAUAUCUCAAACGAUAAUAACAUGGACGAUGUAAACUACGAGAACUGGGACGAGCUUCGCUCGGUUGUGGAGUUUGCUUUUGGCCCUUCCUCUUAUUAGUUAGAUGUCCUUUUACUAAUUGAUUACUAUACAUUAUAUAGUACUUGGACCUUGUUGCAAGGGAAAUACUCUAACAAUUAUAUAUAUACAUGUGUAUGGAUCUCUUGUUGGGUAUAUGAAUGUACCUGAUAAUAUAGAUAAUAUAUAUAUAUAUAUAUAUAUCCAUACACUAUCCCCUAUAUAUUAUUUGAGAAGCAUUACAACUUCUU